AUGAGCUCCAGGCUGGCAAAGCCCGCGGGCGGGGCCUUGCUGCUGGAGGCGGAGGAGGUGCGCGGCCGCAGCAGGCGCCAGGGCCUAGGGUGCCGCGCUGCCGCCAGCGGCGACGACGACGCCGCCAGCCACGUCCCCGACACGCUGCCAGUCGCGGGCCUGGACAGCGAUUGGCGCAAGUUCCGAGCGCAGCUCGUGGCUUCGUCCAGCGGCGCUGCCGCGGCGGCGCCGGCCGCCGGCGCCGCCACGCCCGCCGACGCCGCGUGGGCCCACUCGCUGCCGCAGCCCGAGCACGGCUGCCUGCUGCUGGCCAACCCGCUGAUGUUUGGGGCCAGCCAGACCUACUUCCACAUGAGUGUGGUCCUGGUGUGGGCGCACGACAGCCGCGGCAGCGCGGGGCUCAUCCUCAACAGGUUAGCGGGCUGGCCAACAGAGUAUCUGGUGUCCCGCUUCGGCGCCGGGGCCGGCUUCCUCACUCCUGAAUUCGAUAAGGCGCAGCUGUACCUGGGCGGUGACGUGGGCCCCGACACAGUGCACCUGCUGCACGGCGUGCCCGACCUGGCCGCCAGCAGCGAGGUGUUCUCGGGAGUCUGGCUGGGCGGGUUUGAGGCGGCCAAGCGAGGCAUCGCAGAGGGGCGGUACGAGGCGAGCCAGUUCAAGGUACUGACGAGAUACGCGGGCUGGGGGCCCGGGCAGCUUGAGUCGGAGUGUGCCCGCGGCGUGUGGCUGCCCGUCUCGGCCUCCAAGCACGCGGUGCUGCGCUGGGCGGAGCCCACCAGCGCGGUGGAUGACUACUGGCACUAUGUGGCGCAGCUGGCGGGCGGCGACCUGGCGGCGCUGUCUCGCGAGGUGCUGGGCGUGGCAGACCCAGACAUUCAGCGGGCGGCCGGUGGCGGCUACGCGCCCAAGGCGGAGGAGGAGGAAAGCGAGCCGGGGCUGGGCGGCCCGCACGUCGCGCGCGCGCGGUGGCAGCAGCAGCAGCGGCGGCGCGGGCGGCUGCCAGAGGCGGACUACCGUGAUGGGGCGGGCAUCUGAGGCGCGAGGCGCUGCAUGGCUGGCAUUGCCCAGGCAGAGGGCUGGCGGCCUUCCUGGUUCUCUUGCGCUUUCCUCCACCUGCCACUGUCACACUCAUCAACAUGCACGCCACGCCUGAUAGAAAUGCCAGCUGCCUGCGCUGUGCUCUCAAGGACGCGGGGCUCCCGCUCUCCCCUCCUGUUGCCUGAAAGCUUAGUUUUUCAGAUGAUUGUGUCAUCUCGCCCCCC